AUGGUGGUCCACGUCGAGCCGGCAGCAAUUGAGAUCGCGGCAUCGCCACAACGUGUCCGAGAAGUGGUUCUUGACUUCCCGAAUUUGUCGGUCUGGCACAAGGGUCACUUCAAAUAUAUCAAGGUCCAAGGUGGCAAAAGCGGCAAAGAGCUUGUCCAAGGCGACAAGCUGGAGAUUCUUCUCGACCUUGGCAUGAAGUUUUCGCCAGUCAUCCAGGUACCAGAACUCUAG